GCGCUCGCUGUGGCCUCAUUUUGCUCUGUUUUGCUAAAAUUCUUUAACCUCCCUUCGCUGUGUUUUGCUAAAAAUCUUCGCUGCCGCUUUAGUGCAAGGGAUCCGCCGAAGGAAACUGCUGUUCCCGCGCUCGCAGCGGGGCCGUGAGCGCCGCUGGCGUCCGUGCAGGCGCUAGCUGCUGCUUUUGCUCCCCCCCCCUCCGCCUUUUCUAAGAAACGCUUCGCAGCCGCGGCGGGGUGAAGGUCUGCGUGGAAACGGCGCCGAGGAGCCGCAGCUUGGACCUAACCCGUUCCCUUUUCCUUCUUAAUGCAGGCGUUUAACACACUAGGAUUUGACUGCACCCUUGAAGAGCUUGAUCUUGAAGAUAUCACUAAGAACCAGAUCAACACGAUAAAAGCUUGUACAUCUGAGGAUUCAGGGACUGGAAACUGUCCAGUGCUGGAAAGAUCUACUUUUAAUACGAGUAAAUGCCUGCAAGGUAUCUAUGAAGACCUGAAGGCCUAUAGGGCAGAGCUGAAGAAUUUCAGUGAUCAAAAUGUGUUGACAACCAUAGAUGAGAUGAUGAAAGCUCUGAGGAACAGCAGCACGAGCGUGCUGCAGCCAUCGUCGAACACAGGAUCGACUUUUAAAGACAGAAUGAGACUAUGCAGCGUUCUUCAUGCUUUCCGAAUCCGCACUGUGACCAUAAACAGGAUGAUGAACUACUUGACUUCUCUGGAAAGCUCGCUGUAAGCACUAAGCUCUUACUCAAAUUUAUACCUAAAGUGUUCUGAGUGGUUUGGCGUGCUGGAAGAAGAAAACAUAGUAGGGUUAAUAUUUUGCAACAUAUUUGGGGACUUUUUAAGAAAUUAAGCACACAGUAUUUUACAGAAUUUCUUACAAAUUGAAUCAUGUUUUAGUGAACUACGGUC